ACCAUGUCUGUCAUUGAUAUGCUGAGAAUGAUCCACACCCAGAUGAUAUCUGAUUAGCAGUGGUCCUAUCCAUCUUCCAUCCUGUUCCAUUUAUGGAUAAGGUAGAGGAGGGCUGAUAGACUGUGCGUUGCAGCAGAUGGGCAGCAGACAGUAAUUGUAUACUACAAAAUGCACCUGUAUGGUAGGUGAAAUAGCUAAUGAAUGUCUUAUCAUGCUGAUUAGUAAUGUAAUACACUUUCAGAAAAAAAGCCUAGUGCACACUACAUGAAGUAGCCCUGAUUUCUCAGUAAUUGACUGAUUUUGGGAAUUUGUGACUAACCACCCACCCCAAACUCCAGUUCUGAGAUGGUACUGGGACUGUACCUUUCCUUGUCACUGGGUGCAUCGUUUUAAACCUUGAGUGUAAAAGAUCUACAUGCAUCUUUCCAUGUAAAUGAUGCACUCAAGGUACAGAAGAUGUACUUUUGUCUAUAUCACCCCAGUGACAAGGAAAGGUAGAGUACCCCUUUUUUCUCAGAAUGUAUCUAGAUUGCUUUUUAGCUAUGCAAAAGCUAUAAAUAACUCGUGUACAUCUGUACUGGGGUACUAUUUAACGUUUUAUUGCUGUUUGAAAGAUAGCUGUACUUCUGUCCACUCUCUAAAUAGCUGCGUGUCCCUUUAAGGAUGGUCUCGCGCUCGAGGCGCGCCGGCUGCAAAGCGUCUUUUUGGUUUCCUAGGAAACGUGGGAAAGGAGAGAACGCGGACAGGACAGUGAGGGGAUAUUUUUGAUGAGUGGCUGUUCUUUUGGUCAAAUUUGAGCAAAAUUCCUACUUUUUUGCGCCUCAACUUUAACAGACUAGCCGCAAAGUAAUAGGAAUCUUAAAUCCGAAGUGAAAGUUAGUCCGUGGGACAGGAAUCUGAAUGUGUGUACAUGUGCCCUGGAGCUGGGAGUCAGAUGGAGAGCCACACACACACACUGCCAUCCCUUUCCCCUAUCCAUUCCCCAACAAACCUGUCUAAAGCACUUUCCCUUUCUCCAUCUCUUCCCCAGCCCUCUGCUACAGCACCUGCAUCACUCCCACACUCUCCACCUUCUCCGCCCCAGUCCUCUCCCUCUCACCUCCUUCAGUCCCCAGGAGGGCUUAAGUCACACUGCCUCAGUCCCUCAACUCCAUCAGAUCAGGAUGACCUGACCUGCCUCAACUGGCUGCAUCAGAGAAACAUACUGCCUCUGUCCAAAAUGCCCCCGCUACCUCAGUUUGAAUCACCCCCUAUCUCAAAUCUAUCGUCUUCCCCGGCCAAGCCUCCAUACUCUUUCAGCAGUCUCAUCUUCAUGGCCAUCGAAGACUCGCCAGACAAAAGGCUUCCUGUAAGAGGGAUCUAUGAGUGGAUAGUCAACAACUUCCCCUACUACAGGACAGCCCCAAGUGGCUGGAGAAAUUCAGUGCGACACAACCUGUCCUUGAGCAAGAGCUUUCGCAGGAUGCAGAGGGACAAGAGUCAAUCCAUUGGAAAGGGGUCACUGUGGUGCGUUUGCCCAGAAUAUCGAUCGGGUCUUUUAGAGGUGCUUAAGAAAACUCAUUACUGCCACAGCAACAACAGCAGUUUGCUGAAUAAUCCUGUUUUGUUAGAGGCAGCUGAUGAUGGCCGGAGUGCUAUGUGUGACACUAUGGCGAUUUCAGACUUGGACUCAAAUAACCCAACUCUGUCCUCAAACGCACCAUGCUCUUUGAUCCCUGAGCAUGAGGAGCUGGUGGCCAUACAGUCUGUAGAGCUUACAGAAGAGGCCGAGUCGGAGAAAGACCCACUGGCAGACAGCGGCUACAUUGAAUUCCACUACUAUCAAUGUGAACAAUACCAGUAUCUGGUGCUGCCUGGGAACAGCGACCUGGACCUGGAAACAGUUGAGAUCCUCCAGCUUGACGCAGAGGCACAAGAAGCUGCAGGAUCGCUGCUCGAUUUAGCAGGAGGAAACCACUGAAACUCUGAUAGAAAUUCAUGGAUAAGGCCAUACAGAUGGUGUAGACAGCAUGUACUGUACUUUUGCAGGAAUGAAGAAUUGAGGCAAAAAUUGUGCUUGAAAGAGAUUAAGGUAAAUGAGGGGAGCUGUUUAUAUACAACUUUAAUGCAUUGCAGUUUUGCACAGUAAAUGUGCAAAAACAAAAAAAAUCUGUCAUUCAUGACAUUCAAGAGGCAACUGUACUGUAGUACACCAGUCUUUUACUCUUUCUAAAGUGUUCUUAAACUAUGAUGUACACUUGCCAUCCAAAAUUCAAGAUUCAGAAUUUAAAGCACACAUCACUGUUAAAACAAUAUUGUGGUUGAUAAAGAUGUUUAUCAGACAGCACUUUUUAUAGCCAGAGAAGAUGUACACUUCGAAGACAUAGUUUAUUAAUAUAUCCACUGGGUUACAGGUUUAUUAGGUACACCCACCUUGUUGCUACACUCAUUACAAGGUAACCCUGUUAUAAAGGUCACUUGUGUAGGUGCACAAUUAUGGUGCAAUGGUAAGUGAUCAUUAUUAUAUGGGAGAUGGACCAUUUUCAGCAGUCAUACCAGCACAACUGCCUUCACUGCUAUACUAAAACUUGUCCAAAUAAUAUCUGAUUAGUAAUGGUCCUAAAUUUGUCCUUUUUCCAUUAAUAGACUGCAACUGACAAACUGAUUGCCAUGGGUUGCUAUCAGUUAUUGGAUAACUGCACUUACAUGGUGGUUGUACCUAAAUAAAUGAACAAAUCAGUGUAUGAACCUUCUUGUUUUCCAAUGGUAUAAAUGACACCUUAUGGUUUAUAAUUAUAUAGUGAUAUUAAAGGAAAAACUGCCAGCAGCUCAGCCUUUUGAUUAGGAUGUGCACAAAAGUGUAAUGUUCAGUCUUUUUUUUUUCCUCUGUUGAUUAUUAACAUUGUAAUGUCAGUGUGUUCUAAAAAUUUAUUUUCUAUCAUAUUUAGUGCACCAUAUUUUAUUCUGUUAAUUUGGUUAAAUUGUUUAAUGGUGUGAUUAGCAGCUUGAACCAAAAUGCCUCCAGCUUUUGUUUAUAUGUAAGGCACUUGGCAAUAAACCUCUGCAGUGAUUCCCUUUGCUUAGUAUAA